AUGGCAGCGGCAUCAGGGUCUGCUGAAAGUCUCAAUGUGGAGGCCUCUGAGGAUGAAAUCAGCUUGCCCAGUGACCCGGAGUCUGUGCAGGAGCACGAGUGCUUGGAGACGAUCAAAGAGGACAAAGGGGCUGCGCUCCGGGUUCAGGAGAUUCAGAUGGCUUUCCAAGGCGAGACCAAGCUGCGGGUGUCAGAGCUGAAAUUCGAGCUCAUGAAGCAGUUCUUGGAUUGCGAGAAGCAUGACAGCCACCGCCGCUUCAACAUCUUCGGGUUUGCUGCCUGCCGCAACGCCCUGGCCAGCGUCCUGACCAUGAGCAAGAACAAGCACAUUGCGGUCACGAGUGCCUUUACAAUGUGGGCUUGGGUGCAUGAGUUCCUGGCUGAGCCCCUUGCUGAAGCCAACAUCCCUGUGCUGCAGCUGGACAUUGGGGUGAAGGCGAAGGCCCUGCUUGCUCCGUCACAGAUGGGAUCGCCGGAGUUGCCGUCUGAGACACGGCAUUUGCACCCAGGCACAGCUCUGAGUGAAUUGCUGCAGGUUGCAAAAUCUUUUUUGCCUCACUUGGUGGCCCCGAGCUACAGAACCUGGGUGCGGGUGUUCCACAAGGACUUUAAGGAGAAGCUCCGGUUCCGAGGGGAAUCUCAGCAUGCAAAGUGCAAUGCGUGUGAGCGCUUCAAGGCGUUCAAGCGCGAGGCGGCGACGACAUCAGACUCAGAGAUGGUGGCGGCGGCGUAUGUGCAGCACCUGGACGCGGUGAUGCGUGAUCGGCGCGCCGAUGCCCUCUGGCGCCAAGCAGCUGUGCUGAGCAUGACCUCGGGUCACUCAGCGCUGGAUUGCAGCUCGCAGAGCUCGUGGCUGGGCAUCACGGUGGAUGCCAUGGACAUCAGCAAGUUUAAGGUGCCCUUGAACGUCUGCAAGUCCAAGGAGUUCCAGGCCAUGCAUCGCCCAGAGCUGAAGCUUACGCUGGCGGUGGUGGAUGGGCAGGUAGAGCGGUUCUUCCUCAGCGACCCCACAGUCGGCACAACUGCCAACAAGGACCUCACCAUCAUCACCCACUGCAUUGAGGCUGCCUUGCAAGAAACGCUGAAGCGCGGCGUGGCCUUCCCAAGGAACUGCCGUGUACAUGCAGACAACGCAUCUGCUGAGACGAAAAAUCAGACGUCGUUCAAGUAUGGCGCCUUCCUCGUCUUCUGCGCCAUCUUUGAUGACUUCGUAUUCACAUACUUUCGGGCUGGACACUCACAUGGUCUCCCAGAUCAGCGGUUUUCGGAGGUGCGACACCACUUGUUUGCUAGUGAUGUCCUGCAGCACCCAGAGGACUUUUUGCGUAUCAUCAACCAGGUUCUGAGGGCCAAAGUUGAAAUUAUGUGCCUUGAGGACCCGAACGUGCCUCUACUUGAGUCCGUGUUCCAGGAGGAGGCCCACCCCUUGGACAUUUGCCUUUUGGUCAAGGCACACAUGCAGGAUGUGGAGUACCAGCAGGCGCUGGUGUUUGUCCCGCAUGCGAUGAUGAGCCAGUUGGUUGCAUCGGGCUGGCCCCAGGCAAAUGUGCCUUUGAAUGAGCUGGGGAAGGACGCAGUUCGUGAGCUGCGCAAAACCCGGCAAAAGAUCCUGCAGUCACCCUGGGGCUAUGAGCGUGCUGCUGCCUACAUCGAGACAUUGAUUGCGGAAGCAGGCACUGUGCCCCCGGACAAGCACGACGGCCCACCACUUCGGGCACUCAUCCAUGAAGCGCCUGCCAAAAAGGAUGGGCCAGCUGCCAUGCCUGAGCGGGCCCAGCCAGCAGACUUUCUGAAGUGGGCCACACAAGAGCCUGCCAAGGUGAAGAUCUCUGGGCCCAAAGCUGCAGCCAAAAAAUCCAAGGCUGCGCCGCGUGCAUUGGCACCAACACUGUCACAGGCAUCGGAGCCUGAGAUGGUGCUGCCGUCCGAUGUCAGCCUGCACACCGGCCUGGAAGACUGCCAAUGA